UAUACAGAGCCAGCGGGGCGGCUAGCUGCGAUCUAUACUGUUUACCUACAGCAUUAUAAGACGUUUGGCAGGGUUUGCUUGCGUUUGCUUGCUGCUGGUGUAAUCACAGGAGGACGGUCACAUUUCAACAGCAAAGACGAGCCCUUACUUAGGGGGACAAGGAGGAAGAGAGGGACUCAGCUGAGCCCGUUCAAAGUGCCAGACGGCAACAGCAUUUUUCUGCUGCGUGUAAACGAAAGAGAGGACCGUAAAGAGGAGAUGCGUAAAUUCCUCGCUCUGCCAAUUGAUGAGAAGACAACCCACGCUGCAAGAGUGACGGCCAAGCUGAAGAAUGAGCUGGUGGGAGAAGUGGAGGACGAGGCGGAGGAGGAGGAGGAGAAGAAGGGGGGAAAUGAGAAGAUGACGAAUCUAAAACCAAUCAAGAGUAGGACAGUUCCCCCUAAGCAAACAUCUGGUGGACGAAUGAAACAAGAAAAAGUAACAAAAGACAACAAGCAUGCCUUAAUCUCCCUGGAACGACAGAAAGCUGUGUUGGAGUUAUCCGUGAUGGCAAAGAGGUCUGAGAUUUUGAGGAUGGACGAGGCCAUAGUAAAGGAAGAGAAGUUGCUGAAACACCUGGAGCGGAGCAUUGAGAGAGACAAUGUCAGAUUUGAAGAGUUUCUCAGGGAGAAUGAGAAGAAGUCUGUGGAGGCCAGAACGCUGUAUGAACAGGAGGCCAGGUCAACACAGGAGAAGAACAAUGAAAUCAGGAGGCUAACUGCUGAAAUACUCACCAUAAAAAGUGAACUUGCCAGCUUUGAAGAAAUCCUGGUAGACUACAAGAGUUAUAAGGACCUUCUAUUCAAGCUGUCUCCUCCAGAGUGGCAGGAGGCCCAGAGGUCAAAGGUUAUGUCUUGUAAAGGCACCAAGGAGGACCAGAACAGGGAGCUUAAAGACACUGCUAUUAGGAAUGGUUUGGAGACUCCAGGCAGACAGCUGACGUCCAUCCAGGAGACCAGGCUGUCCCCAGCCCACAGUGACAGUCUAGUCACAGAUCCUAAAUUGGACAGUGACAGCUCAGAUUAUGAGGAUGAGCCAGAGCUGUAUUUCACUGAUCCCCAGCAGCUGCUGGAUCUGAUGACAGAGCUGACGGAGCAGAACCUGUCCCUGAUUCAGAACUCUACGAGGGUGGAGGAGACUCUGGAGCAGCUCCAACAGUCCUUGAAAACAACCAAGAAGAAUCAUGAAAAGGAUGAAAAACAAAUUACAAUGCAGAUAAAUGAAAUGAAGGAGAGAAUCGAGAAGGAGAAGGCGAGAGGAGCCAGGCUUGAGCGGAAGGUCCUUCUCCACGUGUCCCUGAAUACACAGGACCAGGAUGUGUUACUGGAUGCUCUGAGCGAGAAGGUGGCAGAGGUGCACCGCAGCUGCAUGGAUGACAGGAUGACCAAACUAAACACUUUGGAGAAGCUGACCAACAUUGAGAAGCGGCUGUCUUUACUACUGCAGAGCCUUGAGAGCAUCCCUGAAGAAAAACUGGAGUUAAUGAAGAAGAUCAAGGACAGCGAGAGGAGGACCAGGGAGCGUGAAGACAAGCUGAGAGAGCAGAGAGAAAAACAGAAAGAAAGGAUGAGGAGGUACUCGGAGAGAUCGCUGGCUGACUCCAAGAAAAUCAGUGGGAAAAAGCUCAUGCCCAGAUAUAUGCCUGUUACCCAGAGAGUCAAAGUCAGCAACAUGGACAGCAUCCCAGCUCAAGAUGAGAUUCACGAACACCUCUUUGGCCCUGAGAACACGGACUGAUAAAAAAAAUACAAAGAAAAUAACUGAAAGUGCUAUCAUGCCUCAGACGCACAGGCUGAUGAGUGAUCAUGUAUUAUCACACAGAUGCCACAAUCAUGACAUGUCAGUAAGUCAAUAUGAGCUGAGAUACUACAAAUUUAGCGUUGGAGUGCAGAAUAAAGCCAUCUAA